AUGGAAAAUUCAUCUAGCCAGAGUGCGGACUACGAGGCGGACCGUCAGACACGCGAGGUAUAUCGAUAUUUCCACCCGAGAAACCCAGCGGCGCUUAAUGCAACACCUCUUGAAUUUGAUGAGCAUGUGGCCUCGAUAGCAGAUUUUUCAAGAGUGACGACCCCUUUUGUACCGGAUCCCUCUGACUCAGAGACAAGUUUUGUUGAAAGCAGCUCUCCGUCAAGCCCAAAUACAACUUUGACUUCUUUUGCACAACUGGCAGCUCUACGCCUGAAUGCACAGCGUGCUUUUAUUACUGUGUUGAACACCGACUCUCAGUUCAUAUUGGCUGAAGCCACUAGAAACACCAAUCUUCGAAGUUCGAAGUCGUCUGUUGGAGAAGGAGAUAAACUCUUCGCUGGAACGUCGACAUUAUCAGAGUCUUGGAAUAUAUGUCAGGAAACAGUGGCACAAGACUCAAAUAACGAACAUGGAUUGUAUUCAUUUUUAGUUGUCAACGAUCUUCAAAAGGAAGAACGAUUCAGAGGAUUGCCUUUUGUGUCAAAAGAGCCACACUCUCGUUUUUAUGCCGGGACGCCCCUCACCAGUGAUAGCGGUAUCAAUUUGGGAUGUCUGUUUGUAUUAGAUUCUGAACCCCGCCAGGGGCUAUCUGAUAUUGAAAAGGAUACAUUAGGAAAAUUGGCAGAGUUGGUAAUGGACUAUUUAUUGGUUAGCCGUCAAGCUACAGAAGGGCGACGCGCCUCACGGCUAUCGCGUGGUCUCCAUCUUUUCGUUGACGGCAACUCUAGUUUUCCCAGCAACGCUCACAUGUCGUCUCGGUCAAACAGCACGGCACAGGGUCCGGCUCAGUGGGAAUCACCUCACCUGAAAGGUAACCGAUCUACAAGCUCUCAAAGUAAUAGACCGGAAUAUCACUCGGAACUGUCUGGGACAGGAAAUGCGUCUCAAACUGGCGACGCACGAGCUUCGAGCCCAGAUUCCAACCGGAAUGACAUAUUUGAUCCUGCUAGUCUAACGGCAUCGUUGCAAAGUUUGCCACAUGAUGAUAGUGAUUCGGGGGACUCCUCGAGUAGCAACCACUGGCUUUUCCCACGUGCUGCAAACCUCUUACGACAAAGUCUAGACUUAGACGGUGCUGGUGGCGUCAUGUUCUUGGAGGCUAGUGACAACUCUUCCGAAGAUGUUGCAGCUGGUCAUACCUCUUCUGAAUCCACAAAUCCUGCUCCUAUUCUUGCGCUGUCCACCAGAAAUGAUCCAUUCUCAUACCAUUCAAGCUCUACAUUAUCAGAUCCAGCUGUCAAUCUUGACAAUAGCUUCCUGAAACAGUUGACGCAUCGCUAUCCUAAAGGGAAACUUUGGUCAUUCCACCGCGAUGGGACAUUUUCAACUUCGGAGGAUCAGUUAACCGACGAGUCUCGGGAACAAAGGAAAAAGUCCAAAGUUUCAGAGACCAGAAGACUGAACGAAUUCUUCCCCGAGGCAUCUCAAGUCAUGUUUGUCCCACUGUGGAAUGCCACCGAUUCCCAGUGGUUUGCUGGGUGUUUUUGUUGGACUCCCCGGUCAACGCGAGUUUUCAGUCCUACCAUUGAUCUGAGCUCUGUAUUUGCCUUCGGAUCAUCUAUUAUGACCGAGUACAGCCGUGUUCAAUCAGUGAUCGCAGACCGCCAAAAGGGGGAUUUUAUAAGCAGCAUCUCACACGAACUCCGCAGCCCGUUGCAUGGUGUCUUGGCUGCAGCCGAGUUUUUGGGAAGUACUACAUUGGACCAGUUCCAGGAGACCCUGCUUGAUACGAUUAAUGCAUGUGGCCGAACUCUCUUGGAUACAAUGAACCAAGUUUUAGAUUUCAGCAAAAUCAUGUCGUUAGAAAGACACAAGAAAGCCUUCAAGCGUGGAAAAGAUCCGUGGAAACCCAAACUCUCCGAGGAAACUGUGCCCAGCCUGGAUACACUGGUCUUGACAGAUGUGGCCCUCUUGACAGAGGAUGUUAUAGACAGCGUGUGCUUGGGCCAUUCGCAUAUACAGAGGUCAGCAACGUCCACCAAUCACCCCACGGAUGUGUCGUCAAAAUCGCUUUCCGAGUUAGCAAAAGAUGACAGCCAAGUUGGUCCCGUUUCAGAAGUGGACGUUGUUGUUGACAUUCCUGAUAAUGACUGGAUGUACAGAGUCCAGCCGGGGUCGCUGAGGCGCUUAAUUAUGAAUAUUCUUGGUAAUGCACUGAAGUAUACCAAAAAGGGACGAAUCUCUGUCUGCAUGGAGGCGACUGAGCGCUCCAAAGGGCGCUCUCGGCGCCAGGGUCUCGAAGAUAUAGUGACAUUGACCAUCUCAGAUACGGGAAAGGGCAUCUCGAAGGAAUAUCUUCGGAAGCACCUGUUCACUCCGUUCUCACAAGAAGAUCCGCUGUCAGUAGGCACUGGUCUCGGUCUAUCAAUUGUUCGCGGCAUUGUGAAAACUCUCCACGGGAAAAUUAACAUUCGAAGUCGACAGGGUGAAGGCACUACUGUCAAGGUGUUACUUCCUCUCGAACGUCUUGUGGGAGAGGAAAGCCCAAAAUCAACGUCUCAUAAGGAAAAUUCGGAGCAAAAUAUACUUGCAGCAUCUUCUCAACUCCGACGUGUUGACUGUAGUGGGAAGCGUGCUGCUAUCUGGGGAAUCGAUCCAUCCCAGGUUAGCAAGCACCAUUUCUGGGCUUCCAUAGCUCGAUAUAUCACGGAUUGGUAUGGUCUACAGCUCGUUCCUCUGUCAGCCAAUGAACCUAUUGAUAUUCUGUUUGCGGAUGAAAGGGAUUUGUCUGCAAAAGAAAUGCAGCAUUUCCCAACGGAAAUACCAAGUCUGCUCGUAUUUUGCAGCGAGAUAGGCAACUACGGUGAUCCUAGGGAACAAUGGUCGCAUCUGGCUGACUCUGUGGCAAUUCUCCAUGGACCUUGCGGUCCACGAAAACUUUCCCGCGGUAUUUUGAACUGUCUUGAUACGACACCGAAAACCUCUCCGUCGAAUCCGCAAAAUUCUCAGAAAAAAGUAGUACUUCCAGAACGACCUGCUCUUGCGGUCUCGACUUUACCGAUUGACGAUUCCAACCACUCGUCAGGAAAUCUACGAUCACCAGAUUCUAAACCAUCAAUUCCCAUGCCAGAGUCCAGUAAUUACGCCACUGAUCCCCUGGAGCAUAGCGCUUCUUUGUUGGCAUCGUGUACUGACAGCGCUGGUCGUACACUGUCCGGGAGAACUGAUUCCGCCAAUACUCCAUCUUCUUCAUCCACUCGACCUUCCACUAGCAACUCAGAUCAUGUUAUCGCUUCGCCCGGGAGCAAAAGGAGACCCCGGGUCUUAGUAGUAGAUGACAACAGCAUCAACCUUCACCUCAUGAUGACUUUCAUGACAAAACGAAAAGUUGUGGUCCUGGAUAAAGCCGAGAAUGGCAAAGUAGCCGUCGAUGCGUUUGAAAGAAUGUUGCAGGGAUACGAUCUUAUUUUCAUGGACAUGUCUAUGCCAGUUAUGGACGGGUUUGAGGCGACGCGCGCCAUUCGCGCAAUUGAGAACGAGCGGGAUGGCUGUAUUCCAGCAACAAUCAUCGCUUUGACAGGACUCAGCAGUUCACGCGAUGAGUGCAGGGCCUUGGACUCGGGGGUGGAUCUUUUCCUUAUGAAGCCUGUUUCUUUCAAGGAAGUAUCGAGGCUUGUUGAUGAAUGGGAAGCUAAACUGCCGAAACUGCAGCCUUGCCACUCAGACGUGCAAAACCACGUGAAACUAUCAUGA